GUCAGCAGCGUGGACACACCAGGAAGGACACACAAAAUUCCAAAAAAAAUAUAUUUUUGGGGACAUGUCUCACGUCCAACUGUCCAGCAUCGCCAUGGAGAGGCUGGUGGCCCGGAGGACCUUCCCCCUCCACAAGCGCACCAGCGUCUGCCGGAACCUCUUCGGACCGGUGGACCACGACGAGCUGAGCCGGGAGCGGAGCGUCAAACUGCGGGAGAUUUUAGAGCGCGACCGGCAGCAGUGGAACUUUAAUUUCGAGGCCGACACCCCGCUGGUUGGGGACUACCAGUGGGAGGAGGUGCCCUCGGACAAGGCCCCGGCCUUCUACCAGGGAGCGGCGGUGCCGACGCCCGUCAAGCAGCGGCCGGAGGGCGGCGUGUCGGAGCGCCUGGCCGCGGCCGAGGGAAGCGACGCGGCGCCGGGGGAGGUCAACCAGGAGAACCGCGCCAACAAGCUCAACUCCCGGCGGAUGGCCCCGAGCGCCAGGGCGCAGUGCGGGGGGCACAAGAGGCCCACGGCCGAGGACAACAACACGCGCAUCACAGACUUCUUCGUGAAGAGAAAGAAACCCGCGGAGAGAAAGUCUGCGGACUUGAACCAUCAACCUUUGGAGCAAACUCCCACCAAGAGGAUCCGUUGAAGGUUGGACUUUUUUUUUUUCUUUCCUUCUUCCUCGUUGCACUACUUUGCUCGGCGGAAGGACGAGGAGAGAAAAGGUGCAAGGACUGCGGGUGUAGCUGCCGCCUCCUCCCCGGGCCAGGAGCGGACGACAGCGGGCUGACUUAACACCGACCGACCGGCGGCUCCCACGGAGCGGCGCGGAGCCCCCCGAAAACCCCACCGGACCACCACCACCGGACUCUCAGGACUGUUUUUUUUUAUGGUGGAGGGGAGGAAGCCUUUUUCUAUCCAGCGCAAAUGUAGCAUUCAUUGUUUGCUGACUCAGCAGUGUUAAAUGUUUUAACAUCUGUGCAAUCCUUGAAAAAAAAAUGUCUACACUGGCCAAAAGUGUACAGCUUUAUAUUUCCUCCUGUUAAUGUAUAUUUUCUAAGAUUAUUUUAACUUAUAAUUUAUUUAUGUUGCUUUUUUUGUUAUUUUAUUGUCUCACUUCCUGGCUGGUGUAUUUGCAAUCAUGUAGCUUCCUGUGUAGCGUACACUAUUAUUGUUGUUGUUGUUUUUUGUCUCUGAGCCAUUUUGUUUGUGUCUGAUAACAAGCAGAAGAUGAGAAUAAAACACUUUUUUUUGUACCCCCAA